AAUAUCAGAUGUCAUUAACAGAUCAAGCUACAUAUAAGUUGUGGCUCUCUAGUUACACCGACCCUGCUUGACUCGAUGGCUUUACGACAAAGAUGGCUGAAACUAGCGAGAGACACCUUGAGGGUUAAAGAGGAAGUCUGUCAAAAGUGGUGGGGGUACAUUGAACAAAAAUACAGCGAGAGUCAGAGACACUACCACACCUUACACCACCUGGAGGAAAUGUUUCAACACUUUGACCAAUACCACGAGAAAAUGGCCCGUCCAGAACUUGUAUCUCUAGCUGUAUAUUUUCACGAUAUCAUUUAUGACCCAAAAGCAUCAGACAACGAGGAAAGAAGUGCGGACAUAUUCAUACAGUUUGUGAAAGAAUCGAGUGUUAACCUGAAAGAAGAUGAGAGGGAUAAAGUACGAGACUGGAUUUUGCUCACAAAAUCUCACAGCGUUCAGGAAAAAGCAGAAUCUGACUUGCAGUAUUUUCUUGAUAUAGAUAUGGCGGUGCUCGGUAGAUCCCCUGAAGGUUACAGGACAUACGCCGGACAGAUCCGUAAUGAAUACAGUCAUUAUCCAGAUCAGGAUUAUAGAAAAGGGAGAUCAGCAGUCCUUCGAGGAUUUACUCAGCGACAGAGAAUCUAUGCUUCAGAAGAAUUUCAUAAGCUGUACCAUGACAUUGCUAUUCAAAAUAUGGCAGAUGAAAUAUUGACUUUACAGAGCUAGUCAAGGCUUUGUACUGCUCCAAACUAAAUGUGAUACUCUGAAUCUCCAUUCCUUGCAUUAUAUUUAUAUUGAAUCCAUUCAUUCAUGCCUGUAUAUACAACAAUAAUUUCCUAUAUGAAUGUUCCUCAAUAAUUUUUACUACCUCAUAAAGUUAAUUGAAAUAU